AUGGCUAGCACUAUGGCACCCUUCCCAAGGAUCUACUUCCGCUACAUAGAGCCCAUCACGAUCACCUUUGGGAGCCUAAAUCUCAUGCUCAGCGGUGCGACAAGCGCGUCGACCUACCUCUCAACACCAGCACACCCGGUAUUGGCGACAGAACACUUCUUGGCCCUACAAGCAGGCAGUAUGAUGCUUCUAGUAGGCUUGCUACUCACCAUCAUCAUGUGGACGACCGACGAUAUCAGAACCGUCAGGUUGACCGUCAUGAUUCUUGCGGCAUCUGACAUUCCCCACUGGAUUUUCGGAGCGUGGUGUUUGGGGCCUCUCGCUUCUGGGCCCAGCAGUUGGAGCGCCGAGAUGAAAGCGUACAUGGGAGUUCCUGUUGUGACUUUUAUGAUUAAGAUCGCAUACUUGUUGGGAUGGCUGGGAAGUGAUCGGACGACAAGCAGGGUCAGGAAGGAGUUGUGA